UAUUGCUAUCAAUGCUAGCUAGCUGGGUAUUUAUAUACAUAAGGUCCGAUCAACACGGUGAUUAUAAAAACCACACCACUCGAUGAAUUUUGAGCUCCUGAUUCCAUAUCUGAUAGUUAUUCAUGGCGCAACCAAGUUUUAAAGCAACUGCGCAAUAUUUACCGUCGCCGCCGGCCACCAUCCCACGACACCCGCCGUCAACGCACUCCACCAGCCGUUUGCGCCACGUGAGAUGGAUCGAAUGAAUAAACUCCAAGGUUGAGUGAAAACGUUACGCUAUUCUAUCUCAUUAUGAAAGUGACGUCAUGAAAAUGAUCGUGGCGAAGCGGUGCAGUGCCGAAGGCAAUGCCUUAGGAGAGAUUACAGGCAAUGAAAUGCAGCUGGUAUGCAACACUCAAUGAGCAAGCAAGUACAACUCACUCUCCAUCAGGAAUGACCAUUUAAGACAACAAAAAGACAUGAUUUUUCUAACUAUGUAUAUUACAUAACUCCCAAAUAAUAUAUGGGCAACAUGUCCUUCAUGAAGUAAUGACAUCCUAGCAAUAAAAACGCCCUUAUCCUUAUCUCCCAUGCUGCACUCCUUGAUUCCAAUGGCUUUCCUCCUUCACAUGUUGAUGUUGCCAAGUGCCUUUGGUGUGGCCAUCCAACCGCAGCAGAAUGGCACAUUCGUCCCGGACCCAGUGCUGCUGCUCGCGGAUCCGGAUCUGCCAGUCGGGGAUCUCGGCCCGGCCGGUCUCUCUCAGCUGGGAAAAUCGGGCAGCAUUGAGCAGCCGGCGCAGAACGUGAUCCGGAGCCGCACUGACCCGGAGCCGGAGCCGGAGUUUGAGCUCCUCUCCGGGCCGGACGGUGGGGUUACUGUGACGGCGCGGCUACCGCCCGACACCGCCGACUCCCUGGAGCCCUACUCUGUGUUCCGGCUGACAUCUCUGGACCGCUCCAUCAAGCACUGCGUGCCGCUCGCGGCGGACGGGCCGGGCGUGCUGCGGGCGCGCGUGCGCCACCUGCCGCUCAGCUCCUACUGCGUCCAGCUGGGCUGCAGCUGCCGGGCGGGCCGGCCGUGCCGCCGCCGGCCGAGCCGCUGUCGGCGCUACGAGCACCGCGCCGGGAUCGACAUGCGCGCCUGGCGGCGGACCUCCAACGUGAGCGUCUGGCGUCACGACGACACGGCCGCCGGGCCGAGCGUGUCCGUCAGCGUGCAACAGACCGGGUUCAGGUUCGAGUCAUUCAUCGUUUCCGUGCUGGGGUGCCGUGCCGUGCCUGUGUUCCAAACGACUGCGGCGGCCGACCGCUGGCUACGGCUGGACACCAACUGCUCCCUCCAGUACAACACCUCGCUGCUGAUGCAGGUGCUGCCCGACACGUGGUUCUGCGCCGGCGGCACGGGCGGCUGCCGUGAUCUGCGUGUCCACAUCGGUCCCCUGCAGCGGCUGCCGCCCAGCCAGCCGCCGCCGCUGCUGCGCGCCGCCGCGCUUCCCGGCUGGCUGACCGCCGGCCUGGCGCUCCUGGCACUCGUCACCGCCGCCGUGGCGGUCGCCACGCUGCUCUGGAGCCGGCGGCGGCACCGGCGCUACGUGGACCGCGCGGCGACCGCCGGCUGCUACAGCCUGACCGCGCGGCUGGCCGCCGACGCGCCGACGCUGGACUCGCUGGUGCCCGGCGCCGCCUACACGCUGCCCGAGCACCAGCGGGAGCUGGUGACCGCCCUGCUGGCCGGCACCAACCGCACCAAAGGCGCCGCCGCCGACGCGGUGCUGCCUGCAGACAUCACCGUCGCCGAGCUGACUGUGUGA